AUUUGGACUUCUUCUUUUCUUCAGUCAUUUCCUGUAGAAACUUAACAGGGCCCUCAGUAAUGAUGUGAGUUUGCUACUGAGCAAAGAGGGGGACAGAACAGGCAGUUACAGUAACAUGGGGAAGGACAGAGGCUCUAUGAGUAUGAGGUUGUUGUGGAUCCUGGUGUGGACAUCAGCAUACGGUCAAGGAUCCUCAGCUGAAGUAUUGUCAAAGAACAUCUUUUUCCUUGCCGUGUCCAGAGGAAGAGUGACUGUCCCAGUUUCCCCCGUGGUUCUAGGGACAGAGCACCGAUUCCAAUGGAUAUGGACCUCACAUGACGGCAGACACUCAAACACCACAAUAGCCCAUAUCAUUUCAUCCACUUGGGAAUCUGUAUCGAACACAUUGGGUUUUUCAAAAGGCAGUGGAUAUGGUCUUUCCAUGAGGACAAACUUUGAAAAUGCUGGAGAGUUUGUGUUCAUGCAAACCAAACCAGUUUCAGUUAUUGUGACGAGGUUUCAGGUGUUUGCUUUCAAAGUUACACCCUUUGAAUGGCCUUCAUUUCGUCUGGGUUCUGAUGUGAGUUUUAGUUGUGAGCUGUCCAGCCUACCAGAAGGAACCACACUUCAGUGGGAAAGAGAAGGAGAUCCCACAUCUAACACCACGUUGUUUUACAACAACACUGUCCACAUGGUCAUCCAUAGUGUUGAUCAGAGCAGUACGGGGAGAUGCAACUGCACUCUCAAACAGAAUGGAACAUUGUUAUAUGAAAUUUAUAAUACCUUGAAUGUUGAGACAAGCACAUUCAACAAGCCAGUAACUUUGUUCAGAGAGAGCAGCAACAACAGUGAGGUGGAGAUGAUGUGCAGGUCUUCAUCCUCGCACAGAAAAGCCUCCUGGACCAAGGGCUCAUCUCCAGCGGAAGCACCUGCUACUCUGACAUCAGAUGAUAGACUAGAAAUUGACCGGUUCUCAUCUCCCACGUUCAAACAAAAAGAUUUUCCCCUGAGACUUUCACCAGUGGAAUUUGAGGAUGGAGGAGUGUUCAGAUGUAAUUUUAAUAAAAACCUUAUGUCUUAUGUUCAACUCACAACCAUUCAAGUCUCUGCAUCUAGAGGCCCCCCUGGUGGCCAGUCGGUGGUGCUGAAGUGUGAAGUGUCGGAGGUGAACGGUGACCCUGUGACCCUGGCCUGGCUGAGGAUGGAGGGGAGGACGGGGCUAGUGGUCAAAAAGGACAUCCUUACAGAGAGUCAACCCAACUGGACCCUCAGUGUGACCCUGCCCAGCCUCCAAAGGGACCAGCUGGACUGGCAGUGUGCGGUGUUCAGAGAUGACAUGCUCAGAGCGAGUGUUCCCCUCAGACUCCGUGGUGCUGGUGGAAGAUCUGGGAUACCAGGCCUAGUGUUACCAUCGCCUCUGAAAGACGACACCUUGCAGAUUUCGAUCAUUGUGGCCUGUACAGCGUUGGUUGUUGCCGGGAUACUGAUUGGUGCUCUGGUGUUCCACCUGAAGAGGAAGAAGACAGACCCAGCUGUGACAUCCCUACCACUUACCCAGAAGAAUGACCCAGUCUAUGGUAACAUCACUGAUCCACUAGCACACCAAGAGUUCCAGGGGGGGCAAGAUGGCAAUGAGGAAGUUCAUUACUCCGAAGUUGCUUUGGGUGAACCCAGGCUUGGUGGUACAGGAAGGGGGUGCUGUGAUCUAUUCGACGCUCAACAUAUAAAAACACCUGUCUUUCAGCAGGAUAAAACUCCUGUGUUAAAAUGCAGGGAUUAUUUUCUGUUUAGUUUGUUCAUUAACCUAUUGUGGAGUUUUGUACCUGAGUUUGUCACAAUGUAAAGGAAGGCUGUGCUUAUUUCAAUCCUGCUCACAUGCCCACAGCUGGCAGCACACAAGUCAUUAUCAAAUCGGAAAGCAGCUGCACAAGACUAAUCGUAAUGCCCGUAGUAAACUUUGUUUCACUUAUGAAGGAACAUCGAUGAAUUACACAAUGUUCAGGGGACAAUAUGUUAAAAUUCAAAUAGCUUCAAAUGUAAAUGACUUAAAAACCUCAAACCAACUAUAAAUUGUAGAAGUUCAUACAUAUAGUUGAAGUCGGACGUUUACAUACACUUAGGUUGGAGUCAUUAAAACUCGUUUUUCAACCAUUCCACAAAUUUCUUGUAAAACAACUAUAGUUUUGACAAGUCGGUUAGGACAUCUACUGUGUGCAUGACACAAGUAAUUUUUCCAACAAUUGUUAACAGAUAGAUUAUUUAACUUAUAAUUCAAGGUAUCACAAUUCCAGUGGGUCAGAAGUUUACAAACACUAAGUUGACUGUGCCUUUAAACAGCUUGGAAAAUUCCAGAAAAUUAUGUCAUGGCUUUAGAAGCUUCUGAUAGGCUAAUUGAUAUAAUUUUAGUCAAUUGGAGGUGUAUCUGUGGAUGUAUUUCAAGGCCUACUUUAAACUCAGUGCCUCUUUGCUUGACAUCAUGGGAACAUCUAAAGAAAUCAGCCAAGACCUUCAAAAAAUAUUGUAGACCUCCACAUGUCUGGUUCAUCCUUGGGAGCAAUUUCUAAAUGCCUGAAGGUACCACGUUCGUCUGUACAAACAAUAGUACGCAAGUAUAAACACCAUGGGACCACGCAGCCGUCAUACCGCUCAGGAAGGAGACGCGUUCUGUCUCCAAGAGAUUAACAUACUUUGGUGUGAAAAGUGCAAAUAAAUCCCAGAACAACAGCAAAUGACCUUGUGAAGAUGGAGGAAACAGAUACAAAAGUAUCUAUAUCCACAGUAAGACGAGUCUUAUAUUGACAUAACCUGAAAGGCCGCUCAGCAAGGAAGAAGCCACUGCUCCAAAACCGCCAUAAAAAAAGCCAGACCACGGUUUGCAACUGCACAUGGGAACAAAGAUUGUACUUUUUGGAGAAAUGUCCUCUGGUCUGAUGAAACAAAAAUAUAACUGUUUGGCCAUAAUGACCAUUGUUAUGUUUGGAGGAAAAAGGGGGAGGUUUGCAAGCCGAAGAACACCAUCCCAACUGUGAAUCACGGGGGUGGCAGCAUCAUGUUGUGGGGGUGCUUUUCUGCAGGAGGGACUGGUGCACUUCACAAAAUAGAUGGCAACAAGAGGAAGGGAAAUUAUGUGGAUAUAUUGAAGCAACAUCUCAAGACAUCAGUUAAAGCUUGGUUAAAGUUAAAGCUUGGUUGCAAGUGGGUCUUCCAAAUGGACAAUGAGUCCAAGCAUACUUCCAAAUCAAAAUGACUUAAGGUCAAGGUAUUGGAGUGGCCAUCACAGAGCCCUGACCUCAAUCCUAUAGAAUAUUUGUGGGCAGAACUGAAAAAGCGUGUGUGAGCAAGUAGGCCUACAAACCUGACUCAGUUACUCCAGCUCUGUCAGGAGGAAUGGGCCAAAAUUCACCCAACUUAUUGUGGUGAAGCCUGUGGAAGGCUACCCGAAACUUUUGACCCAAGUUAAACAAUUUAAAGGCAAUGCUACUAAAUACUAAUUGAGUGUAUGUAAACUUCUGACCCACUGGGAAUGUGAUGAAAUAAAUAAAAGCUGAAAUAAAUAAUUAUCUCUGCUAUUAUUCUGACAUUUCACAUUCUUAAAAUAAAGUGGUGAUCCUAACUGACCUAAGACAGGGAUUCUAUACUAGGAUUAAAUGUCAGGAAUUGUGAAAAACUGAAUUUAUUUAUUUUGUAUUUGUCUAAGGUGUAUGUAAACUUCUGACUUCAACUGUAAAUAUUGAAAGCAUUUGAAUGAAUAAAAGGUGUGCAACAUGAAAA